AUGGAAUUAGUAGAAGCUGUCAAAAAACAGAACGUAUUGGUCGUCGAUUUGAAAAACGAAUUAGUUGAAAUUCGUAAGGAAAACAAGACUCUUAUCAACAAGGUCGCCGCGUUAGAAGAUAUAGUGUCAAAUAAUAACAAACAACAAAUGUCAUUUGCCAAUAUUACUAAAGGCAUUAAUCGCAAUACGCCAGUCAAAUCUUCAACACGUGCUACUACUGCUACUAAACAUUCAACAGCUAUCCCGUCAACAUCGCAGGAGCAGGUCCAUAAUGCCGUUACGAAUGCCAUAGAUAAUUUAGAUAAGCCGAAGACUGAUGACUUUCAAGGCGGUGGGGCCGGUGUCAGAAGGAUAACUAAUGACUCUGCAUUUAUGGAUAUUUAUUAUCAAAAUGUUAGAGGCCUAAAGACUAAGGUGAAAUCGGUUUAUUGUAAUUCAUUAUCCAUCGAUUUCGACGUUAUUGCUUUAACGGAAACGUGGUUAACUCCUGAAAUUGCUUCCGGUGAACUAUUCGAUGCAAAUAUAUUUACUGUAUACCGCAAAGAUAGGUCGCCCGUAACGAGUGUCAAAGUUCGUGGUGGUGGUGUGCUUAUCGCAAUCAAAUCAACAUUCAAAUCGCUUCCUCUGAAUGUACAUCAAGUUUCCAUCGUAGAAGAAAUUUGGGCAAUAAUCGAUUUAAGUCCUCAGGGGACCAUUCUUGUUUGCUGCACCUAUAUCCCGCCCAACUCUGAUGUUGCUGUCUAUGAAUCCCACAUAACGUCUGUGGAAUCAGCUCUUGAUAAAUUCCCGGAAGCCAGAGUUAUACUGUUAGGAGAUUAUAACCUGACUAAUACCACUUGGGAUAGCGACGAGGAAGAUGGACACCUUACUGCUUUUUGUAAUCGCAACCGCAUUUCAGAGCUUAUAUGUGACGCAUUCAACCUGUUCGGCUUCCAUCAAUUCAACUCAAUCAACAACCGGGUGAAUGACAAUAUCCUUGAUCUAGUCUUUUCUAACUGUGAUACUUCCGUUUCUAACUGUGAUAUUAAUUUAGUUAACUGUGAUUCCUACCACCCAGCACUUAGUGUAGCGCUUCACACCCACCAAGGUUUCUUCAAGUGUGAUGACUCGAAUCAACAACCAGUCUACAAAUUCAAUUUCUCGAAGGCUCCUUAUGAUCAAAUCAAUGACUACAUUCGUUCCGUGGACUGGCAUUCACUAUUUUUCAAUGGAGAUUUGGAAUCAAAUGUUGAAAACUUUUACACAGUCAUCUACGACAUUUUAAAUGUAUGUGUUCCAAAAAUUAAAUGUUUUAAAUCAACGUACCCGCCAUGGUUUAGUAGUAAACUACAUAAGCUGAUUAGGGAUAAGAAGCUUGCCCACAAAACAUAUAAAGCAUCUAAGAGCAACAUCGAUUAUCAAGUUUUUACCGAGUUGCGAACUCAGUGUAAAUCCUUGACCACACAGUGCUAUGACACCUUUAUUAAAACCUGUGAAGAAAAUGUUACUUUAAAUCCGAAGUCGUUCUGGAAAUUUUAUCAUAAUAUGAAC